AUGGUUGGUGUUGGCUACCAUCUUUAUCCUGAUGACUCUCAGAUCUACUUUACGAGUCGUAUCACUUGCUCCCUGGACAGCGCCCGGAGGCAAAGCAGUGACACAAGCCCCGCCCCAGUUAUCAGGCCCCGCCCCAUCCUCUCCUGGCCUCUCCCCGCCCCCUUCCUCGCUGUCCCCGAGCUCCUGCCCCGACGGUGCGGGCAGAGCCGGAGCGAGCGGUCGCGCCCAGAGGCUCCGCAGCGGCCCCGCCAUGGUCUCGGCUCCGCGCUGCCGGCCCGGCGCCCGGGGCUCCUGGCGCUGCUGCUGCUGCCCCUGCCCGGGGCUCGCGGUCAGUGUGGGGCCCCGCCAAGGCUCAUUCGUGCCGUCCCCCAUGAUACCAGUUGCACAGAGGGCUGCCCUAUCAGCACACAAGUGACCUACAGGUGCCGUGAUGGCUUUGUUAAAAUCCCUGGAAAGUCAGACACUGUCGUUUGCCUUUCAAACUCAGAGUGGUCACCCUUUGGAGAGUUUUGUAGUGGUGGCUGUGAUGCCCCACCAAGGUUAAAAUCUGCUACCUUAAGCAAGGAAGAUGGGCAGAAGAAUUACUCUCCUCCUGGGAGCACUGUGAGUUAUGUCUGUCGCCCAGGAUAUGAGAGCACCGAACUGAAACGUGUCAUUACUUGUCUUGAGAAUUUAACAUGGUCAGAAGCCCCUGAGUUCUGUAGAGGGAAAUCGUGUGGUGUUCCAAAAGGACCAGAGCAUGGCAGAGCUGUUGUUCUAACCAAUGACCUGUUUGGUGCAAAAGCAAACAUCAUUUGUGAUGAAGGGUUCAGAUUACAUGGACGGACUUUCAUCCAAUGUUUGCUGAAGGGAGAUCAAGUUGAAUGGAGUCAACUUCCAACUUGUCAAGCGAUUACUUGUUCUCCUCCUCCUAAUAUUACCAAUGGGAUGCACAAUGGCAGCAACGUGGAAAUCUUUGUCUAUAACUCAUCGGUAACUUACAAAUGUGACCAUAAUUUCUCACUUAUUGGAGAGGCCUCCAUUCACUGUACAACUAAAGAUAACAUCAAUGGAGUCUGGAAUGGGUCUGCCCCUGAAUGCAAAGGCCCUUGUGAUUCUCCUCCAAGAUUGAGUUUUGCUGAGCUGCCUGGGGUAGUGAACAAUUCCUAUCCUGUUGGGACCGAACUGAAAUACUCCUGUCGCCCAGGAUACGUUUUGGGCUCUGAAAAGUCUCCUUUAGUUACAUGUCUUGCAAAUUCAACAUGGUCAGUAGACCCUGAGAUUUGUGUAGGAAUACCAUGUAAACAACUAGAACUAGAAAAUGGCAGGGUUCAUUUAACGGAUCACCUGGUUGGUGCAACAGCAACCUUCUCCUGUAAUGAAGG